AUGUCUACUUUCGAUUUCGACUUUAUAUUUAAUGAACACAAUCCAUCAUUGGAGUUCCAAACUUACGCAUCUUCACCAGAAAGUAUACCAUCAGCUGUCUCAAAAGAAUCAAGUUUUUCUCCAUCCCCCAGUUCUGAUGAAGUCCAGUUUGCUAAUAAUCCACUGGGAAAUAUUGUAAAAGUGGAGGAAGAUUUAGAAGAAACACAAGGUAGUAACUCAAAAAGAAGACUACGAACUACAUUCUCCAACGAUCAGCUUCUUUAUUUGAAACAAUUAUUCGCCGAGAGCAAAUACUUAUGUCGUCCAAAAAGAAUUAUGACCGCAACUAAACUAGGACUCCAAGAAAGACAGAUAAAAGUCUGGUUUCAAAAUCAACGCAUGAAGCAGAAGAAAUUAGAGAAGGAAAAUGAAGACACCAAUAACGGAAAAAUCAGUUCAUUUUCCGCAAAUAACGAUGUAAAAAAGAGGAGUAAUCAGUUGAUCGCCACAGAAGAUGCAAAGUUCAGAAGAAUGAAUACAUCGGCUGGAUUCAGGCCAACAGUACAUCAUCAUCUACCACAAAAUAUCGACUCGAACACCAAAUUAUAUAAUAGUUAUUUUUCAAUCACCGUCAACUAUCAAACUGCAUACAGCGGGAGUCAGCAAACCGGAAAUAUUAACUACACCGAGAGCUGUAGUUAUGGAAACUAUAACACCAACGUAUAUAAUAAUGAUAACAAUUGCUGCUACUCAACCAAGAACAUAAAAGUCUGGUUUCAAAAUCAACGCAUGAAGCAGAAGAAAUUAGAGAAGGAAAAUGAAGACACCAAUAACGGAAAAAUCAGUUCAUUUUCCGCAAAUAACGAUGUAAAAAAGAGGAGUAAUCAGUUGAUCGCCACAGAAGAUGCAAAGUUCAGAAGAAUGAAUACAUCGGCUGGAUUCAGGCCAACAGUACAUCAUCAUCAUCAUCAUCUACCACAAAAUAUCGACUCGAACACCAAAUUAUAUGAUAGUUAUUUUUCAAAUACCGUCAACUAUCAAACUGCAUACAGCGGGAGUCAGCAAACCGGAAAUAUUAACUACACCGAGAGCUAUAUACAGUUGUUGAGUGAGACUGAUGUUUCUAUAAGUGAUGUCAAAUAUGUAUCGUUAUCAUUCGUUAUAUUUCCAUUAAAAAUGCCUAAAAAACGAAAAUCAAACUUGAGUUCAUCAUCAGCCAAAGCAAGAAGCAACAAACUUCUUCGCCUAUCUGAAACUCAACGUGAACGAGACGAGAGACUGAAAAUUCAGAAAGAAAGAAAAAGGAAAGUCGAAUCAGAGAUAGCUUAUGAAAGAAGAUUGGCGGAUGAUCGUGCACGCCACCUUAUUACAUAUUAUAAUGCAUCUGAUGAACGACGUAUCCACCGAUUAUCACGUGAUCGUCAACAGCACACUAUUGCACGCAAUAACGAAUCAGAUGAACAUCGUAAUCAGAGAUUGACUCACGAUCGUGAACACCAUACUUUAUCUCGCUCACAGGAAUCUAUAUUUGAUCGUGAAACUCGCCUAAUGAUCGACCGAGAACAUCACGCUCUUCAGCGACGAUCAGAAUCUGCAUUCAAACGCGAUGAAAGUAGAGCUGCAGCUAGAAAUAGAUACUACAGGUUAAAGAAGAAAAAAGAAGCAAAUUUAAUGAUGGAAAACGAAAGAAUUUCGGCUCUUCGUGAAUCAGAGUUUAACGACAGACGAACAGAAAGAUUGUCUUUGGAUCGCCAAUGGCAUACCGUCCAUAGACAGUUAGAAUCUGAUUCAGAACAUCAGCAACGAUUAAAUGCUGAUAAGAAUAGACAAACUCAGAGACGAAAUAUCCGUUGGCAAUCAAAAUUGAAUAGUGGUUUCUCCUACGAUCCGUCUAUUAAUUACAAACAGGAAUCUGAUGUUGGUCCAAUGACUAAGGUUUGUAAUUACUGUAAUGCAUUAAAGUGGGUCGGUGAAUCUGUUGGAUUAUACUGUUCAUCAGGUAAAAUUCGAUUAACACCUUUACUUGAACCUCCCGAACCUUUAAAAUCUCUGCUGGAUGGAAAACACGUUCAAUCAAAAUCAUUUUUGAACGCUGUAAGGUCUUACAACAAUGCUUUUCAGAUGACUUCAUUCGGUGCAAAUAUUGUAUCUGAGGGAAACUUUAUGCCGACUUUUAAAAUCCAGGGACAAGUAUACCAUUUAAUUGGUUCAUUGUUUCCUGAAAGUGAUCAACCUUCAAAAUUUUUACAGAUAUAUUUUAUAGCUGAUUAUAAUGAGCAAAUUAAUCUUCGAAUGUCCUAUAAUAAUAAUUUAAAUAAAAAUCUCAUAACAGACCUACAAAAUAUGCUCCUUCAAGUAAAUCCUUAUGUGCAUGACUUUAAAUCGGCUUUAGAAUCUAUUCCACUCGAAAACAAAGAUAAUUAUCAAUUAGUAAUCAAUGCAGACCGUAAACCAAUUUCCGAUCAUAAAGGCCGGUAUAAUAAGCCUUCUACAAAUGAAGUAGCUGUAGUGUUAGUUGAUCAAGAGUGUCAAAAGAGAGAUAUUGUUCUAUCUUUGCGUACAGGAGAUCUUCAAAGAAUAAGUGAGACUCACCGGUCGUAUGAUGCCCUUCAAUAUCCACUUAUAUUUUGUCGUGGAGAAGACGGCUAUAAUUUUAAUAUAUUUCAUUCUGGACAACAAGCAGAAGACACGAAUAAAAAAAUUUCAGCUUUACAAUUUUACUGCUACAGACUUAUGAUGAGAUCUAAUGAGUUUAAUAAUUUACACCGUUAUCGUCAAAUUUCAAAUCAAUUUUGGGUUGAUAUGUAUGCGAAAAUUGAAACCGAGCGAUUGUCAUUUAUAAGAAAUAGUCAAAAACAACUUAGAGCCGAAAACUAUAUUCACUUACAAGAUGCUUUGCGCGUUGAAAGUAAUAUUGAUCAUUUAGGUCGUUUAGUUAUUCUCCCAUCCAGUUUUACAGGAAGCCCAAGAUACAUGCAUGAGCGAACACAAGAUGCAUUUAGUUAUGUAAAGAAGUAUGGUCGUCCUGAUCUUUUUAUAACUAUGACCACUAAUCCUAAUUGGAUAGAAAUAACAAGAGAGCUGUACGAAGGGCAAUCUGCAUCUGACCGGCACGAUAUUAUAUCUAGAUGGCAGAAACGAGGUCUUCCUCAUGCUCAUAUUCUCUUAUGGCUUGAAGAUAAAGUAACACCUAAUAGAAUAGAUAGUAUUAUAAAAGCAGAAUUUCCUAAUCCUCAGGAGGAUUUAGAUUUAUAUAAUAUUAUUAAAAAACAUAUGAUUCAUGGACCAUGUGGAAUAAUUAAUUCAAAAUCUCCGUGUAUGAAAGACAAUCGUUGUAGUAAACGAUUUCCGAAAGCAUUUGUAAAUGAAACGAUAACUGGAGAGGAUGGCUAUCCAUCUUACCGGCGGAGAUCAACGGAAGCGGGAGGAUUUGUCGCUCAAGUUAAGGUAAAUGGAAAUAAUAUAGAAGUAGAUAAUCGUUGGAUCGUCCCUUAUUCACCAGUAUUAUCCCGAACUUUUGAAACACAUUUAAAUGUCGAGUAUUGUAGCAGUGUGCAAUCUAUAAAAUACAUUUGUAAAUAUGUGAAUAAAGGAAGUGAUCAAGCAACGUUUGGACUUAAAAAUGAAAACGAUGAGAUAACGAAAUACCAAUCUGGGAGAUACAUUAGUACCUCAGAAGCAACUUGGCGUAUAAUGUCUUUCCCAAUACAUGAGAGAUUUCCUCCCGUGGUUCACUUGGAUGUUCAUUUAGAAAAUGGACAGCGAGUAUAUUUCAACACAGAAAAUGUUAUUGAUCAAAUUACUAAUCCCAAAAACACAACAUUAUUGGCCUAUUUUCAAUUAUGCCGAGAGGAAAUUUUCGCAAAGACACUUUUAUAUGACGAAGUACCUGCAUAUUAUAUAUUUGAUAAACAAUCUAAAGUAUUCAAGAGGAGGAAAAGAGGAAAUCCUGUUGAAGGUUAUCCUGGUAUUUUUAAAGAACACGUUAUUGGAAGAGUAUACACAUUUCAUCCUGGUAAUACAGAGUGUUAUUUCUUACGUCUAUUACUUCACACCGUUAGAGGCCCAACAUCUUUUAAAGAUAUAAGAACAGUUAAUGGUGUGGUAUAUCAAUCAUAUCAAGCAGGUUGCAAAGCUCUUGAUCUUAUUGAAGAUGACUCCCAUUGGGAUGAAACUUUAAAAGAAGCGUGUGUUACCGAUAGUCCAUUUAAACUAAGGCAACUUUUUGCAAUUAUUGUAGUAUUUUGUCACCCUUCUGACCCUAAAGAAUUAUGGACAAAGUAUAAAAAAUAUUUAUAUGAAGAUUAUGGAAGAAAAUUGAUAAGAAGUUUUCCUGAUAUUGAUUUAAAUUUACAUAAAGAAGAGCUUGAGAAUCGUUGUCUCAUAGACUUAGAAAAUACAAUUAUUUCUAUCGGGGGAAAACCUUUAGAUCAAUAUGGAAUGCCGAUACCGAAUAUUAAUGAUAAUUUUCAGAUAAACAGAGAAUAUCUAGCUGAAACAAGUUAUGACAAAUCGAUACUGAUGGCUUUUACACGUUAG